AGCGCUCACCCCACUAAUGCCCGAACAAACUUAAGAAAACCCCAAGAAAAAAAAGUGUUUCAUCUUCUCCCUCCAAUGUCUCAUCUGUAGCAAACACCACCGCUUCUUCGAAAAUUGAAACUGUUAAAGUUGUGCAACUUCAUUCAUACUCCGCAGCGGAUGACAUGUCGUGGAUAAGAAAUGCGGUGAACUUGGCCGUGGAAGCAAGCGCUAGCAGAACCCUCACCCGGACCGUUCGUAACUACGCCGACUCCGUCGUCCUUCACGCAGGCAAUGCCGUCGCCGGCGGAGCCAAGUUCCUCCUCCCCGACCGCAUUGGUGCGAGGAAUUUACAGAGCUUUAGGCAUACUGUGAAAAGAUUGGAGGAAGUGUCUGUUUCAUGUAGAGGGAUAGAGAGAGUUCAGCUAUUGAGAAGGUGGUUGGUUGCGCUUAAAGAAAUUGAGAGAUUGACUGCCGUUUACAAUGAGGACAGGAAUUCUGAAGAUCAUCUUAUUUCCGAUGAAAACUCCGAUUCCCCGAAAAGACCUACCCUGGUUUAUUACGUUGACUCUGAUAUGGGAGAUGAACCGAAAACUUUUCGUGAUGUCUUUCUCCAUAGCCAAGCUCUUGAAGGCAUGACAUUGUCCAUGAUUCUUGAAGAACCAACUGAGGAAGAAGUUUCGCUACUUUUGGAGAUAUAUGGGCUCUGUCUUACAGGAGGAAGGGAAGUACAUGGUGUAGUGAUGAGCAGUGUACAGAAUUUGGCGAAAGCACUUUCAUUCUACCAAGAUGAAGUACUGAUAAAGCGAGAAGAAUUGCUCCAAUUGGCUCAAAGUGCAAUUUCAGGGCUUAAACUAAAUGCUGAUCUUACAAGAAUAGAUGCUGAAGCCUGCAGCAUAAGGGAGGAACUUGAUAAACUGAUGACACUGCAGCAGCCUUUAAGUGGAAGUUGUAACAAUUCAUCGGAGACAGCAAAAGAUGCAACGGUAGAGAAUUUAAAAGCAGCACUCGUAGAAAUUCAACUAUGUUCCAGGUUGGAGUCUCUGUUACUAAAGAAGAAAUCCUUGAACAAUGGGGACUCACCUGAGCUGCACACUGAAAAGGUCGAAAAAUUGAAAGUAUUAUCAGAAUCUCUUGCUAAUUCCACCUCACAAGCAGAAAAGCGCAUUUUGGACCACAGAUUUCAGAAAGAAGAAGCACUUAACUUUCGUGUAGCUAAAGCUAAUGAAGUAAGCCAACUUGAGAAGGAUUUGGUGGCAGAGAUUGCACAACAGGAGAGGCAAAGAGAAGAACUCCAAGAAGCACUGAAGAAGGUCAUUAUCUCAUUGAAUGCUCUUCGUGGACGCCUUCACAAUGCGAGAGAAGAAAGAGAACAAUUUGAUGAAGCAAGUAAUCAGAUUAUUGUACACUUAAAAUCAAAGGAAGAUGAGCUGUCACGAUCCAUUGAUUCAUGUAGAGCAGAGGUUGAUGUUGUCAAUACUUGGAUUUGUUUUCUGGAAGAUACCUGGGUUCUCCAGGCAUCGUACACAGAGAGAAAGGAGAAGCUGGUCAAUGAGGAACUGGAGAAAUAUGGAGGCUAUUUUGUGAAUUUGGUAAUCCAUCUUCUCUCUACUUAUAAGGAAAGCUUGCGUUCAUCCAUCACUUGUAUUAGGAAUCUUGUGGAGAGAUUGAGUUCAAGUCAAGGUUCAAAUAUAACACUCGUUAAAGAUGAUGAAAGUUCAAACCCAAGGAAAAAUAUUGAAGAGGAAUAUUUGGAUGUGGAAGCCAAGUUAUUGACCACCUUGAGUGUAGUGGAAACCAUAAAAAAGCAAUUUUAUGUUCAAAAUGAAGGCAUUUACAGGAAAGAUGGCCAGAAGGUCAAAGAGCUCUUUGAUGACCUGAAGAACAUUAAAGAUGAAUUUGAAUCCAUUGAAAGACCUGUAUUGGUAAUUGAAGCUUCACCACGGAAACCAGACACGCCAUCUAGUGAUAGGCCUUUUGCAAGUAUAACUCCAACCUCUAUCUCACCAUUGGCAAUCAAGACUUCAUUUUUCAAACGAGACGAUACAACCAAAUUUUCCUUGAUUAAGAAGAGGAAACUAGACCAAAAAGAAGAAUCGGUGAACCAAGAUCCACCAUUGGCAACUAGUUCUCCAAAUUCCAAACAAGAUGCAGUAUCCAAGUCUUCCUUGAAUAAGGAGGAGAAGAAAUCAAACCCAAAGGAAGAAUUGGCCAAGUUACAUCCAGGAUUUGAUUCCGAUAGCAGAGAAGGCUCAACAGAAGAGAUUACUGAUUGGGUGUUUGAUGAAGUUGAAAAGUCAGUAAACACCUUUGCUCCUGCCAAAGAAAUCACCACUACUUCUACUAAAGAAAACACCGCUGAUGCAGCCCAAGAAAUCACCACUGCUCAUUCCAAAGACAUCACCACUGUUCCUCCUUCCAAAAACAUCACCACUGCUCCUCCUUUUAAAGAAAUCACCACUACUCCUGCCAAAGAAAACACCACUGCUGCUCCUGCCAAGGAAAACACCACUGCUACUCAGGUACAAGAAAACACCACUGCUCCUUCCAAAGAAAGCACCGGUACUACUGCUCCCACCAAAGAAAACACCACUGCUGCUCCUGCUAAGGAAAACGCCACUGCUACUCCGGCACAAGAAAACACCACUGCUCCUUCCAAAGAAAGCACCACUACUGCUUCCAAAGAAAACACUACUACCCCUUCCCAAAAAAUCACCACUGCUCCUGCCAAAGAAAACACCACUGUCGCUCCUACCAAGGAAAACACCACUGCUGCUCCUGCCAAGGAUAACACCACUGCUGCUCCUGCCAAGGAAAACGCCAUUGCUGCUCCGGCACAAGAAAACACCACUGCUCCUUCCAAAGAAAGCACCACUACUCCUUCCAAAGAGAACACCACUACUCAUUCCCAAGAAGUCACCAUUGCUCCUGCCAAAGAAAACACCACUGCUGCUCCUGCCAAGGAUAACACCAUUGCUGCUCCUGCCAAGGAUAACGCCACUGCUGCUCCAGCACAAGAAAGCACCACUGCUCCUUCCAAAGAAAGCACCGCUACUCCUACCAAAGAGAACACCACUACUCCUUCCCAAGAAAUCACCACUGCUCCUGCCAAAGAAAGCACCACUGCUGCUCCUGCUAAGGAAAACACCACUGCUGCUUCUGCCAAAGAAAACACCACUGCUGACCAGCAAGAAAAAUAGACCAAAUGCAUAUAAUGGAUGAUGCAUACUGGUACCUUUUGAUUUUAGAACAAGGUUGAAUGAUUCCCACCAAAAAGACAGACAUCGCGAAAAUCAUACCAUGUCUGGUUAAAGAUGCAAUGUUAUGUAUUUACACUCUAGGUAAGAACCCAUGUAGGUUUGUAAGUACAAAGUGUAAAAUACUUGAGUGAUUAGAUAUACUGAAAAGGGUUAUGGGGUGAUUCUAGUUAGACCUCUAAAUUUGAUAUUUGGACCUCUUCUACUUAUUA